UACGAAGAAAAAUUAUCCCAGGUAACGAUAACGGGAAGACUUGCAAGCUCUGGUAACUUAGAGUGUUCCACAUUAGGGGAAAACUGGAGAGAUGAAGACCCAUUUGGGAGGGACCUGGUAAGUCAGAAGCCACAGUUUAGGCAAGAGACUGUCAAUCAUAUAGGUGCGCUCAUUGAGAAAAAAGACCACUCUAACAAACCUGGGACAGUUUUUCAUCUGAAUACAUUUUCUUAUGUAAAACACAUAUUUCCCAUUGAAGAGAGAGCAUACAAUUUUGACACAGAUAAGGAAAGCUUAAAAACACAGGCAUUUGUUAAAAAACACAAGCAAGUCUGUGGAGGAAAGAAACUUCUGAAAUGCAAAGACUGUGAGAAAACUUUCAGCAAAAUCUCUACACUGACUCUUCAUCAAAGAAUCCAUACCGGAGAGAAACCCUAUGAAUGUAUUGCGUGUGGAAAGGCCUUUAGCCAGAGUGCCCACCUAACUCAACAUCAGAGAACACACACGGGAGAAAAACCCUUUGAGUGCGCCGAGUGCGGGAAAGCCUUUAGCCAGAAUGCUCAUCUUAUUCAGCACCAGAGAGUUCACACUGGGGAGAAGCCUUAUCGGUGUCAGCAGUGCACCAAAGCCUUCAGCCAGCUUGCACACCUCGCUCAGCAUCAGAGGGUCCACACAGGAGAGAAACCCUAUGAGUGCACUGAGUGCGGGAAGGCGUUCAGCGAUUGCUCCUCCCUGGCUCAUCAUCGAAGAAUUCACACGGGAAAGAGGCCCUAUGAAUGUGCUGACUGUGGGAAAGCCUUCAGGCAGAAUGCUUCUCUCAUCCGCCACCAGAGGUACUAUCACACCGGAGAGAAACCCUUUGACUGCGUGGACUGUGGGAAGGCUUUUACAGACCACAUCGGACUCAUUCAGCAUAAGAGAAUUCACACCGGAGAGAGGCCUUACAAAUGCAACGUGUGUGGGAAGGCGUUCAGCCAUGGCUCCUCCCUGACUGUACAUCAGAGAAUUCACACGGGAGAGAAACCGUACGCGUGUGCGCUCUGCGAGAGAGCCUUCAGCCACCGCGGCUCGCUCACUCUUCACCAGAGAGUUCACACCGGGGAGAAACCCUACGAAUGCAAGGAAUGUGGGCAAGCGUUUCGGCAGAGCACACACCUGGCUCAUCACCAGAGAGUUCACACUGGAGAGAAGCCUUAUGAGUGUCAGGAGUGCGGCAAGGCCUUCAGCCAGAACGCACACCUUGCCCAGCAUCGGAAAACACACACGGGAGAGAAGCCUUAUGAGUGUGAGGAGUGCGGCCGGGCCUUCAGCCAGAUUGCACACCUCGCCCAGCACCGG